AUGUUCCGUGGUGGUCCAAUGUGGAUUUUACUAGAUAGUGGGAGUGAUGACAACUUUGUUUCGGCAAAGUUUGUUGCGGAGCAUAGCCUGGUCACAUGUGGAGUUCCUCCAUACACGGUGGAAGGUGCAGCUACCUCUGCUCAACAUAUCAAUGCUUGUGUAGAAGGGUUGAAAGUGUUGGUUGACAAGACCACACUUGUGGAGAUUUUUUAUCUUGCGGAUAUCCAUCGUAUGGAUCUCAUUCUUGGGAUGUCAUGGUUGGUGAAGGUGGAUCCGGAGAUCAAGUGGAGCAUUAAUCGUGUUUUGUUAGAAUAUGGUGGUGUUAAAGAUGUGUGGUUUGAAGAGGGAGUUCAACCUUUAAUUGUUACACUCUCCACUACAUCUUUGAAGUGA